UCGCAGCCGCUGCGCAGAAAUGUCAGCAACAGCUGUUUGCAGAGCGCAAAACAAAAAAUAUCACUCAUCAACUGGAAGCAAAAACAUCAUCGGAGUGCAUAAUGGGUAACAAACAAGUGCGUCAACACCUGGAAACAGCUCAGAAAACGGGCAUACUAAAGAUUUCACUACAGCGCUUACAAGAAUUUCCACCGCAAUUGAAAAAUUAUCCAAAUGUCCUUAAAACACUUGAUCUUUCCGAAAAUCGCUUUGAGCGUUUACCGGAUGAGUUGGGUCAUUUCACAUUGGUCAAACAUUUGAACCUCAGUGGGAAUAAACUUAUUGAACUGCCAGAUGUUAUAGGUGAAUUAACGAAACUGGAGGUGCUAUUAGUGAUGAACAAUUACCUUACGAAAAUACCAAAAACACUAUCGAACUGCAAUAAUUUGAAAACUGUUAAUCUGACCAAUAAUCAAAUUAAGGAAUUCCCCACCAUGUUGUGUGGUCUCAAACAUCUCGAUGUAUUGGAUUUGUCACGCAAUAAAAUCACAAUUGUACCUGCUGAAGUUGGCACGCUUUACAUGACUGAGCUGAAUUUAAAUCAAAAUCAAAUUUCAACACUUUCCGAAGAGAUUGCAGCGUGUCCGAAACUAAAAGUUUUGCGUCUCGAAGAGAAUUGCCUACAGGCUAACGCAUUCACGCCACGCAUAUUAAAGGAAUCAAAAAUCUGCAAUCUAUCUGUUGAUGGCAAUCUCUUCAAUUCCAAACAGUUUACUGAUUUAGAAGGUUACGAAGUUUACAUGGAACGUUAUACGGCAGUUAAGAAAAAAAUGUUCUAAGAAAAGACAAGCAAAAAUAAUAUUGUUGAUAAAAAAGACGAAUUAUGUUAGAGUAACUGCUGGUAGAAUACAAAUAAUUGCGUUGAGAGUCACAAUAUAAUACGUAAAGCGCGCUUACUAAGAUAAUGGCACAAGAUAAGGGGGUAUGGUUAAUGCAUAUAGUAAAAGACAGCUAGUUAAAUAUUUAUGGCAUUGAAUUUGUAGCUCACUAUACAUAAAGAAAUGUGCAUACUUAUGUAGGCGCUUGGAAAUCAGCAUAGCUGCAACAUGAAUAAUGCUUGUGUCGGCAAACGAAAAGCUAGUUAAUUAAAAACAUAUUUGUAUUUAUUUUUAACUGUAUUUCUAUAACUAUUUAUAAAUGUAUUUUUGCUCUACAUCACCUUGAAGACUGUUUAAAUAAUACAGUUAAAAGGGCAAUAUUAAAUUUUUAUGUGUAACACAGUGAAA